AUAUCCCAGUCCCAUAGAAGACCAAAGACAGGCAAAACCAUACCAAUAAUUCUCUCCCAAUGGCACAAUUUAGUACUUCCCCUUUCCCUCCAUCGGCAAAUCCCCUGCCGAUCAAUAUUGCUCCGAUCAUCAGCCCCCAUUUUUGCGCUUCUUACCCUGUUGAUCUUUCCAUCCUCCGGAAGGUCAAGACCAUGAGAGACGGUGACUUUGUCGUCACCGAUAUCAACGGGAACAUCAUGUUCAAGGUGAAGGGAUCUGAUUUUAGCCUUCACAAUAAUCGGGCCUUGCUCGAUGCCGCCGGAAAUCCUAUUGUCACACUAAGACAAAAGUUAAUGAGCGCACAUGAUAGAUGGCAAGUUUUCAGAGGAGAAAGCACAAAUUCGAGUGAUUUGAUAUUUACAGUGAAACGAUCUUCAAUGCUUCAAUGGAAGACGAAAGUAGAUGUCUUUCUUGCAAAUAACACAGACGACAAGGUUUGUGAUUUCAAGGUCCAAGGAAGUUGGUCGGAAAGAUCUUGUGUGGUUUACGCCGGAGAGUCUUCCUCCAUUGUUGCACAGAUGCACAAGAAGACUACUGUUCAAGGCGCGUUGAUCGGAAAGGACAACUUCAUGGUGACUGUGUAUCCAAACGUUGAUUAUGGAUUCACUGUAGCUCUUAUUGUCAUUCUAACUGCAAUCAAUGAGGCCGGCCAGCGAGUCACCAUCAACGGCUCGGUUGAUAUUUCCUUCUAAUUAAUUCUAGUUACUGUUUUGGCUAGAGUGAUGGAAAUUUAAAUUGGUUGAUGUUUAGAAAAAAAAAAAAAAGGAUAUUUUAACU